AUGUUCCAGCUGCCCAUCCUCAAUUUCAGCCCGCAGCAGGUCGCCGGGGUAUGCGAGACCCUGGAGGAGAGCGGGGACAUCGAGCGCCUGGGGCGCUUCCUCUGGUCCCUGCCCGUGGCCCCCGCGGCUUGCGAGGCUCUCAACAAGAACGAGUCGGUGCUGAGAGCCCGGGCCAUCGUGGCCUUCCACACGGGGAACUACCGGGAGCUCUACCACAUCCUGGAGAACCACAAGUUCACCAAGGAGUCCCACGCCAAGCUGCAAGCCCUCUGGCUGGAAGCUCACUACCAGGAGGCGGAGAAGCUGCGGGGGCGACCCCUGGGGCCGGUGGACAAGUACCGGGUGAGGAAGAAGUUCCCCCUGCCCCGCACCAUCUGGGACGGCGAGCAGAAGACGCAUUGCUUCAAGGAGCGGACGAGGCAUUUGCUGCGGGAGUGGUACCUGCAGGACCCUUACCCCAACCCCAGCAAAAAGCGGGAACUGGCUCAGGCCACGGGACUUACCCCCACGCAGGUGGGCAACUGGUUCAAAAACCGCAGGCAAAGGGACAGGGCGGCAGCCGCCAAGAACAGGCUACAGCAGCAGGUGCUAGCGCAGGGCUCGGGGCGCUCGCUGCAAGCGGAGGAGGAGAGCGGCGGGGAGGCGCUGGGGGCCCCCUCCAGCCCCGCCGCCAGCCUCUCCAGCAAGGCGGCCACCUCCGCCAUCUCCAUCACAUCCAGCGACAGUGAAUGUGACAUCUGA